AAGUCUUAAUCACUACAUGUUACAGAUGUCAAUGAGUCGUCGCGUCGCAUUUGUUUUUUAUUCAUUUUUCGAAAAUAAUUGUACGAGUCGAGUUUUUUUUUUCGAGAAUAACUUUACUUUGAGUGUGAAGUAAUAAUGAUACUAAGAUUGUUGGUGUGCUUUGUGUGUGUAGCUGGUUUUAGUGGGGCGCUCAUAACAAAAGAAAUCUGCAUAAAAUGCGUUCCAAUCAAAGACUGCUUUGUAUUCGGGAACCUGACUAAGGAAGAACAAAAGCGGUGGACGGCUGACUUCUCCUGUACCCUUCCCAAGCUGGAUGCGGAGGUCGACUAUGGGCUAGCUCCUUACCCUAAAGAAGCUUAUAUAUGCUGCCCUCACACGAACGCCAUCAACUUCGCAAACCGUAGAACAGAAAGCCAUGCUGCGCAAAUCAGUACAAAACAUCCAAGAUCUCUUGACAAAGAUUCAACACCAAACCCCGUCGAAUAUGAAAGUCAAAGACAGCCCGAGAAUGUUUGGAUGAAUCAAGACCAACAAAAUGACCAUGAGAAAGAAUACGACAGUCAACGCAUGCCGUUUUGGCAGCAAGGACCGUUCGAUUCAAGUUUUUUUAAUAGACCUAACAGGCCGAUGCAGAGUAUGUUUGAUAGUAAUCCGUUUCAAAACCCUUAUUUUAUGGGUAAGCCGAGGACGGAACCAAAUCAGAGAGGGCCGAGUAGGAGAACGGGCGGAUUCGGGCAAAGUUCGGGUGGAUUCGGACAAAGCUCGGGUGGAUUCGGCCAGGGCUCGGGUGGAUUCGGCCAGAGCUCGAGUGGGUUCGGGCAGAAUGCGGGUGGAUUCGGGCAAAAUUCGCGUGGAUUGGGGCAAAGCUCGGGUGGAAAUGGUCAGUGCUCUUUGACAAGUUUCCCACCGGAGCCGAAUAAGGGCUGCUGCGGACGGGAUGUGUCUGAUGCUGAUAGGAUCAUAGGUGGAAAGACAACAGAGAUCGACCAAUUCCCGUGGACGGUGUUACUCAAUUCAAAAUUCACAAACGGAAGAACCACGUCGGAGUUCAGCUGCGGCGGGUCCCUGAUUAGCGCUCGCUAUGUGCUCACCGCCGCUCACUGUCUGUACGACGAAACCUCCCGACUGUCCGAUGUCGAAAUAUACCUAGCGGAAUACGACAAGCGCACGUUCCCUCGCGACUGCAUGAUCAGCCCUGGAGAAGGUCGGAGGUGCAUUGAGAACAUAGCCAUGCGAGCUGAAGACGUAGUGUUGCACCCUCAGUAUGAUGACGCGAGGUUGCAAAAUGAUAUAGCCUUGAUAAGGCUUCAAGGGACCGCACCGUAUACAGAUUACAUUCGCCCAAUCUGCCUGCCACUAAUCAACGUCGACAGUCCCGACUUCUCCAAUCUCCCCCUAUCCGUGGCCGGCUGGGGACGGAACGGCCGCUACCGAUCCGAUGUCAAGCAAUCCACCGUCGUCAACCUAGUGCCUCAAGGAGAGUGUAAGCGGCACUAUCCGCACCUGACGCGCCGCCAUGUUUGCGCGGCGGGACACACGGGGGAAGACACGUGCAAGGGGGACUCGGGGGGGCCUCUCAUGAUGUUGCACAGAGGGAAGUACUUCGUCGCGGGGAUCGUGAGCGGGAAGAGGGCGGACUCGCCUUGUGGGUCGCAGGUGCCGUCGUUGUAUACUAAUGUUUAUAAUUAUUUGGAUUGGAUUAGGGGUAACAUCAAAAAUUAGGUAUUCAACCAGUAACUAGGUGACUUUUAACAGGCUUAGCGAAAAGUUGGUCAUCACUACUAUGAAGUUAACUUAAUAGAAACCAAAUAUACAGGGUGACCUUAGCCAUUGGACAAACCCUGAAAUCCCACGUAGGGUUACUUCUCAGGAAUGCUCUGACGUUAAUAUUUUUUUUAAUUAGAACAAAAGAUAAAAAAAAAUCGAACAAAAGUUAUUUGCAAUACUCGACAACAAAAAGAAACACACUGUGUUAAUCUUUGGCAGUGUUUUUGACAAUUUGUUCGAAAUAUUUGAUAAUGAUGACAUUUUUCAAAAGUCAGAAGCUUUAUUAGUGUCAUAAAUAAAAAAAGAUAAUCAAAAAGGUCGAAGAAGGGUCCAUACUAUUCUUUGAGGAUAUUACCUUAGAAGCCACUAACACAUACAGGCUGCUCCAAAGUAAAAAAUGGUAAUUUGUUAAUUUCUUCGAAACCGCUACACCGGUUGUUAUGAUACUUUGUACACCGGUUCUAAAUACCCUAAUGCAUAUGUACAUUUUGGCUUUGUCCAAUGGCUAGGGACACACUGUAUAUGUCAAGCAAUGUGGUUUGUUAAAUUAGAUUAAUCAAUAAAUAUAUCAUUUGAGUAAGAGUCUUGUUUAAUAAAGAACGCAUUAUAUCUAUA